AUGGGGAACCAGAACCUCAUGAGUAGGGGAGAGUUGGGACCAGUAGUCAGUCAACCAGCCAAGAGACACAGUGGCAGCUUCGGGACGAGGCUGUACGAGCAUUGUGGCAUGGGAGGUGAGAUGAUAGAGCUGACGGACGCCUGCCCCAACCGCACGGACCCUUUCCGAGUGUCCAACUUCAACCCCUGCAACGUGAUGGAUGGCCCCUGGCUGCUGUGCGAGCUGUCCCUCUACUACCUGAGGACAGGCCGGUACAGGAGCUUCAGCGACUGGAGCGGCAACAGCUCCAGGAUCAGCUCCAUCAGGCGUCUCAUGGAUCUCUGA